CUGCUCCGCGCGGCAGUGGACACGUGCAGAGGUCGGACUGACACUCGCAGUCCCCUCGGGAGGCCCGACGCGACCGGGCCCCUCAGGUGCAAUGAUUGUGGACUGAGACGCACUCGGGCAGAGACUAUGUAAUCGCCUCGGUGUCUGUCCUGAGUACUUCGCUUCGGGCAGGAAAGAGGAGGGCUCGCUCCUCCGCCGGCGGCGGCGGCGACUCGGCAGGCGGAGUUUCGCGGCGGCGGCACCAGGGUUGCGCCAGCCCGCGGGGAGGUCGCUCCUUCCAGCCCCGGCGGCCGCGAGAGUCCCAGCGUCGGAGCGCCUGAGCCUGCGAGGGAGAGCGAGAGCGAGCUCCGGGGAGCCCCGGAGGAGGCGAGCGGCGGCCGCGAGCAAGCCGAGCGCACCCCCCACCCACCCCCGCUCGCCCCAGCGGCGCCGCGCCGGGCGGCGUCCAGGAGGCAUGGAGAAGGACGGCCUGAGCCGCGCCGACCAGCAGUACGAAUGCGUGGCGGAGAUCGGAGAGGGCGCCUAUGGGAAGGUGUUCAAGGCCCGCGACCUGAAGAACGGAGGCCGUUUCGUGGCGCUGAAGCGCGUGCGGGUGCAGACGGGCGAGGAGGGCAUGCCGCUCUCCACCAUCCGCGAGGUGGCGGUGCUGAGGCACCUGGAGACCUUCGAGCACCCCAACGUGGUCAGAUUGUUUGAUGUGUGCACCGUGUCACGAACAGACAGAGAAACCAAACUAACAUUGGUAUUUGAACAUGUUGAUCAAGACUUGACCACUUACUUGGAUAAAGUUCCAGAGCCUGGAGUGCCUACUGAAACCAUAAAGGAUAUGAUGUUCCAGCUUCUCCGAGGUCUGGACUUUCUUCAUUCUCACCGAGUAGUGCAUCGCGAUCUAAAACCACAGAAUAUUCUGGUGACCAGCAGUGGACAAAUCAAACUGGCUGACUUCGGCCUUGCCCGCAUCUACAGCUUUCAGAUGGCUCUUACCUCAGUGGUCGUCACGCUGUGGUACAGAGCUCCAGAGGUCUUGCUCCAGUCCAGCUACGCCACCCCCGUGGAUCUCUGGAGUGUUGGCUGCAUAUUUGCAGAAAUGUUUCGUAGAAAGCCUCUUUUUCGUGGAAGUUCAGAUGUCGAUCAACUAGGAAAAAUCUUGGACGUAAUUGGACUCCCAGGAGAAGAGGACUGGCCUAGAGAUGUUGCCCUUCCCAGGCAGGCUUUUCAUUCAAAAUCUGCCCAACCAAUUGAGAAGUUUGUAACAGAUAUUGAUGAACUAGGCAAAGACCUACUUCUGAAGUGCUUGACAUUUAAUCCAGCCAAAAGAAUAUCUGCCUACAGCGCCCUGUCUCACCCGUAUUUCCAGGACCUGGAGAGGUGCAAAGAGAACCUGGAUUCCCACCUGCCGCCCAGCCAGAACACCUCGGAGCUGAACACAGCCUGAGGUCUCAGCAGCUGCUUUGAGCUGAUCACCUGGAGAACACCCUUGGUAGCCGAUGGGUCCCCCUGAGGAAUCCCCGCAGAGCUGUUGAGGAUCGCUGUCUAGAGGCCUCCAAGCUGCCGUCUUCUGAACGGGCUCUGCUUUUCCAAGGAAACCACCUAGUUUACUGUUUCGAAAUCAAUGCAAGAGUGAUUGCAGCUUUAUGUUCGUUUGUUUGUUUGUUUGUCUGUUUGUUUCAAGAACCUGGAAAAAUUCCAGAAGAAGAGAAGCUGCUGACCAAUUGUGCUGCCAUUUCAUUUUCUAACCUUGAAUGCUGCCAGUGUGAAGUGGGUAAUCCAGGCACAGCUGAGUUAUGAUGUAAUCUCUCUGCAGCUGCCGGGCCUGAUUUGGUACUUGAGUAUGUGUGUGUGUAUGUGUGUGAGACAGAGAUUCUGUGAUCUCUUAAAGUGUUACUUUUUGCAAACAAGAAUAAUUGAAUUUUAAAGACUCAAGGUGACCGGUAAAUAACAGGUGUUUCACUCACUAAAAAUGAUUCACCAGAAUGAUCUUCUCAAAUUAGAAAGUUGAGCCUUGUCCUCAGCAUUUCUUUUCUGGCCAAAAGCAGCAAAUUUGCUAGUAGUAAAAAGUGAGGUUUUAUACAUACAGCAAAAGGUGAAAAAAAUUCUAGUAUCUUUUAAGAGACCUGUUGUUUGAAGCAUGCAUUCUUUUUACUCUUUGAAAACUGAAUUUACUCGUUAUAAGUCUCUUUUACCUUCUGUAUAAUAUCAUGCUUUAUGGUUUCUUUUGGAAAAUUCCCUAUAAACUUUUUAUUACUUGCUAUAGAUUUAGGGAGUGUACCUCAAACAGGCAAAAAAAAAAAAAAUAGAAAAAGCAUUUAUUUUCUGGUUCGAAAUUUCUUUCUUUCAUUUUUGUUCUUGUUGGUUUUUUUGUUUUUGUUUUUAGGAAUUUGUCAGAAACUUUUUCCUGUUUUGAUUUAGAGAGUAGUUCUCUCUUACUAGAGACAGGAAUGCCAU